CUGACUCAGGCCUGGACACGGGGAUACAGUGUGCUGCUAAAUCAUAAUCACUUUACCUGUGAGUGACGCCUUGCUUUGCUAAAUCUCUUUAUUUUCUACCACAGACAUGGAGCUCCACAGUCUGCAUAGAACCUUUCAUCACAGCCACCUGGGUGAGGAGAAGCACCAGAUGCUGAACCUGAACAGACGCCUGGAGACCUACCUGAGCCGGGUCAAACUCCUGGAAGAGGAAAAUGCACUGCUUGCAAAAGAGCUCCACGGUCUGAGACGCAGCAAUCAGGGAGCCUCGAUACGAAGGAAGGGUCUGGAGGAAGAGCUGCGGAAGGCGAGGCUGGAGGUGGAUGUAGCCUGGAGGGACAGGGUCCACGCAGAGCUGGAGGUCGGCAGGCUGACCGAGGAGGUCCAAGCCCUGGACCUGCAGAGGCAGAGGGAGGCUCGGGACCAGGUAAAAGCCAAGACAAAACUGGACCAAAGCAGGAAGGAGCUGGAGGAGGAACAGAGGGCACAGAUCUGGCUGAGGGAGAAGGUCAGUCAGCUGGAGCAUGAGAUGAGGCUCCUAAUUCAAACCCAUCAGCAGGAUGUGGCCCACUUGGAGGCCACUUUGACUCAUUCCAGAGCCACAAUGUCACCCACACUGGCUCAAAGAGGCAACCAGACACCAGACCUUCUACAGCUGGGACAGGAGUACUCUGAGAGGGCCACCAGGGCACGGCAGGAGGCAGCAGAGGCCUAUGAGGGGCAGUUAGCUCGGCUGGAGGAGUCACUUAACCAGGCCAGGAGCCGUUUAACCCAAGUGGGCCAGGAGAAGACCGAGAGCCAGCUGAAGCUCCAAACCCUAAAGAAUGAAAUCGCCUCAGCUCAUGAUGUCAGGCAGCAUCUGGAGAAGACUGCAGCCCAACAGGCAGUCAAAUACAGUCAGGAGAUCCAGCAGCUCCAGGGGCACUUGGAGGGCCUUGAGGUGGAGAAAGAGGAGCUGGGCCAGCAGAUUGAUAGUCUCCUCCUGGAGAACCGACGCCUGCUGCAGCUGAAGAUGUCUCUGGGGCUGGAGGUGGCAACUUACAGAGCUUUGCUGGACAGUGAAAGCAUCAGGGGAGACAACUCUUUCUUACAUCAGCCAAGAAACAUUUUCAUCACAGAUGCAGUUUUCAGUCCUCAAGGGGUUAAAAAGAAUUACCAGACCCAGCUGUCUGCUAGCCCCAAGACCAUUUACCACUCAUCUGUCCACAGCAUAACAGGAACAGGACCAACAGUGAUAACUGCAAAACCGGUAACCCUCACUAAAACAACAAAGAUUUCCACGAAACAUGCAAAUGAAGACACAAAGUCAGCAACAUGGGAAACCCCUUAUCCAAAAAUACUGCAGGAUGAAGCCAUUGAAAAUUUCAGACCUCAGGAAGUUGAUGAGAAAGCAGCCUGUGCUGAGCCUCUGUCAUCUCCUAAUAAGCAGGAGGCUCUUACUGAAAUAACAUCAGGGGGCAAAGAAGAGGUUAGUGUUGAACCUCCUGAGGAAGGACCAGUUGUUGAGUCAGUUGUUAGUUAUCAGGUUGAGUCUGGCCUCAGCCCUGAGCCACCAUUCAAUGAUGAAGUUAGUCAGCAUCAGUUUACCACACCCAACCUUACACCAUACCAUGUCAAAAUGACAGAGGAGCGCAGUGGUUUCUCAGAUGACUCGGAUAAAGAUGAACCUUUUGAAAUACCUGCUGAUAAAGAAGAUAUGCAAGACCCACCUGCUCCAACUGAUGCAUUGGUAGAGAAAGCCUGUAUAAGCAAAGAAGCAGAGUAUGUGCAAGGGAAAACCUCAGAUUCUGAAACUGAGGCGCUACUUGAACCAAACUUUGAACCCAGGACAAGCUGUUCAGUGUCUGAAUGUGAGCCUGAAGAAAGUGUGUUUAACACAGACUUCAGCCAAGAUGAAAACAUCUUAGAGGAGGAUGCAGCUGAGAUAAGACAAGAAAUAAGCUGUUCUGUAACAGGAACAAAUGAGAUGGCAGUUGAGGAUAUGUUGUACCCUGAUGGAGAAGAGAUGGAUACAUGGGAUAGCGUAAUAGAAAGGAAGGUUGAUCUGAAGACAGAUGAUGGCAUAAAAAAGGAUGAAGAAAAACAUCAGCACGCUGAACCAGAGGAAGACAUAUCAGCACAAGAGCAUGAAAAGAAAGAAAUUAGGCAGGAUGUUGCCACGGAUGUACAGCAAGAUGACAAUGUGGCCUCUUCAAUAAUGGACACACAAGUAGACGACGAUGGACAGUGUGCUGCGUUAGACCAAGAGCACGCAUUGCUACCUGACAAUGAAGAAGACGACGAUGAAGAGGAAGAUUCUCAAAAUGUCUCUGUAUCAUGGAGGACCGAGCUAGAGAGCGACAGCUACGCUCAGGAUAACACUAUUGCAGACACUCGUCCUCUGAUUCGAUACAAGAGCGAUGAGGCGGAAGCCAAUACUCAAGUGUCACACAUGGAUGAGAGUGAGUCUAGUGAAGGUGAACAGGACAAGAAGACUGGAGAGACAGGAACUGGGCCGUGGAGCGAAGGCAAGUCAAAGAACUUUGGAACUAUGGAAGAUCUGUGCGAAGAAGUUGAAGGGAAAGAGUUGGAUGAGGAAUUUGAUCUGGGACAUACUGAUGUUGAUGACAGGGGUGCUGGCCACGGCAUGACUUUAAGUGAGCACGCAAAACUGGUGAACAAUCCAGACACAACAGAAGAAAUAAUCAGAAAACUCAGUGAGGGACAUUCAGGUGAAGAAAUGGAAGAACUCACCAAACCCAUGGUACCCACAAAUGUGGACUACGAUGAGGAGUUAGAGACAGACAGACUUGUGGAACAGGAAUUAGAAAACCUAGCCACAGACAGCUACAGCGCUCACUUUGCGCAGCAGCAGGUCUGUGAGAGCGAGGAGAUGCUACAUCUGCAAGGCAAGUCUUUCGAUAAAAUGGCCGAGCAUGAAGAAGCUGGAAAAACAAAAAUGGAAGACAAUAUAGUUCAAUCUCAAACAGACACUGUGGCUGAUGAGGAGGUCCAGCAUAAAGAUCAAGAAGUCAUAGUUGCUCCAGAGAAAGGAGAGGAGGAGGACGAACACUGUGUGUCCAUGGUGACACAUGCUGAUGUAACAGAAGAUCACUCAACCAUAACACCUGAUAUGGAAGAAAUCAACAACGACCCUAACUCUGUGUCACAGGUAGAAGUAGAUCAGGAAAACCUGCAGGAUGUGGCAGUCCCCACUGAGGUGAAAUAUGUUGUACCUGUGGAAGCAUCCGGUGUUUCUCAAAAACAUGUAAUGGAGGAUGUUGCAGACUGUCAGGAAUUGCCAGAAGUUCCAAAAACAACUGAAUGGGAAGUCCUAGAGAACCUAAGUGAGGACUUUGAAAUCAGAGAUCAGAAUGAAGACUAUGAACAAUGUGAUAAUGUGCUCGAGUCAGCUGAAAGUUAUCUCCAUGAAAAUGAAGGCUCUGAUGAGGACGUUGUGAUUUCUAAAGAAGAGCCCCUCGGAAUUUCCCCCAACGUCGUGCUUGACGAAAACGACACCCUUGUGGCGAAGGACGCAACAGAACUAUUAAACACAAAUGGCAAAGACAACGACCUCCAGGGUUUCUUGAGCUCUGGUGUAAAGAAUGACUUCUGGGUGUCGUCCUUGGAGACCGGUGCCACCUAUCAACCGGAUAAUGCCCACAAUGAAGCAGCUGAGCAAACAAAUCUGAAUCUAGGGUUUACUGAUAACCUGGUUUGGGGGAAUUUUGAAAACCCGAAUGUGGUUAACAUUACCUCCACAGUGGAUAUUAACUCAUCUAAAGCCCUGUCCAUUAAGAAAGAGCAGGAGCAGAUGCAUUUGGAGGAGAAGCAGGUGUUGUGUAGAAAUGAGGGGGAGUUGGUCCAUUCGGAGGAGUCUGAUGUUGAGGGGGAAUCCUGGUCAUCUGGGGAGGAACCGGUAUAGAAAGUAUUGAGAAGUUUGAGUUAAACUAGUUUUAGAUCAGUGUUAUAGGAAAAUUACUUUUUCUGCAUAAUGCAUUUACUAUGAAAACCAAAGCCGUGCCUUGGUGCGCACAUCUGUGACGCUAACCACCAGUGUGCCAAUUCUAUCCAUAAAGAUACCCAGCUCUUGCCUUGUUUCCUUAAACUGACAAUUUUUUCUCCAGUUCUAAUUGUUGAACUCUUUUUAGUUUUCAGUGUGCAUGUUAUGGAAAGAGGGUUGGGUAUUUCUGCAUGAGGGAACAGCAUGAAGACAGAACAAAGAAGGUCAUUUGAAAGUCAAUGCAUUUUAUUGAUUGCUGCCUCAUCUGAUUUUACUGACUGAUCAAUGAGACCAGAAGGGAAGUAAACCCUGAAGAGCUGGUUUUCACUGUGUAUCAAACAGACAGCUAGUGUUUCUGCUGGCGAGUUAUCCGAUUUCACCACACAAAAAGUGACUCAUCUUUGCAUGUUUUACACAUUUGUAGAAUGAAAAGAUGGUUGUUUUCAAGUUUUAUGUUAAAGAUAUGACUAAGCAAACUGUCAUGUUUGUAUUUGGCUGCUCUGUAUUAAACAGAUAGGCUUAUGACCUCUU